CUUCCGCAAAUUGGGACUUGCUGUUGACCAACGAGCCACGCUCAUAUCUCUAAGGCACCGCCCAUGGGAUCGGAUUUCCGCUUCGGUCGCGGCUCAGAACUUCAGAGGUCGGAUGCUGAUCAAGGGCAUAUGACUUGUCCAUUUUUUGUGUACUCGCAAGUAUACCUGGGAUUCCAUGGUCAAUAGGGGUCGUCCAAAAAUACUAGAGUAAUGAGGCAGUGAUCACGGAGCAAGCCCCGAAGUAGGAAGAUACGAGGUUUAUGCCGAGCAUCCGCUAGCCGCAACCAGAUUCACGAAGCGACUGCCAGCACUUCAACUCGCUCGAGCCGACAAAACUCUUCGAGAUGAAUGUUCACUUUCCGACCGUCACCCGGACGGGGCAGAUAUUGACAGCGGCGCUCUGAGGCAACAGGGAGUUUCUGAUUCCAGGAGUCAUUAACAUCCUCGUAUCAUGGGCGCAGUCAACCACGCGGGCUAAGCUGAACCUCGCUAGGUCUGGGCUUGGUGCGAAUCUAGGGGACUCCGGCCAUAAGGUAGCGUUCUAGCACCAGGUCGGUCCAUGGCCCAUUGAUACGGGUCUCGAAUUCACAGCGCGUUAUUCAGCUGGUCUGAAGCUUCGGUGGCAGAACGAACAUGAUCUCUCUCUCUCUCUCUCUUUCUCUCCUGCCGGAACAAGCACGCCUCGAAGCAGCGUUAGGUGUCUAACCGCGCAGUUCAGUCUAGGGGUACGCCGAGACAACAACAUCUAGCGACUGUACCAACUACCAAUCAUCAACUGGUGUCACCUCACGCGCAAUCUUCACUUAGUUGUCAAUCAUUACAGUAUUCAACGAUCCACUGGGACUUUUUCUUACUCAUCCCAACCUGACCCUGGCAAUGUGACAGACUGAUUCGCUAGGCUGAGACGGAAAGUCUCGAGGUGGACGAGGCAAGUAUCGUCUCUAAGGUCUGCGAGAACCUUGCACGGCUCUUGACAGGCUACCUUCUAAUUAUGAACUAGCUUACAUCGUAUCGUUCUACUUCCUCACCUUCUACGACCCACAGGCCCGCUUGUAGCAUCAUACGGCAAUAAAACGCCUAGCGAGUCACCAUGUCUCCAAAUUGGAGUUCUGUAUAAGUACGGUUGGUAGGUAUCGUCGAUACCUUCCAGCACGAAGACAAUCACAGAGUAUUGACAUGCGUGUCUGCAAGAUAAUAUGUUCGGUGGUGGCUUUGGCAUUUACUGUCUCAUCAUCUCCUACAAGUUGGCUCAAGUCUCAACUGCUUGGUGAGCGGGCUACUUUUGCUUCGUCACCCGCGACAAAUUCCCGGUUGGAGGGCCGAGAUGGUGCCAAAUUACGCAUUCUUGUUGCUGGUGCUUCAAUAGCUUCAGGUUACAAAUCUACAGACGGCAAUGGCUUCCGCGUUCAAAUGAGGGAUGCUCUCGUAGCGGCUGGAAACGACGUUCAAAUGGUUGGGACCGUGCAGAAGGGCCCCAAUAACGCUUUUGUAGGCGAACCUGGAUUACGAAUCGAUGAAGUGAUGGCUCGACUAGAUGCGGCACUUCCCAAGAUAUCACCGCCUCCAAAUAUCGUUCUGGUACAAGUCGGUGCGAACGAUUUAGGCCAGAAGUUCAAGGUCGACACUAUGCAACAAAGGAUCUCGACCCUAGUCGACCACGUCUGCACCGCAAUUCCUGGUGUCAACGUCGUUCUCUCGACACUGCUUCCCAACGCGAAGUUUGAAGCUGGUGUAGUGGUGUUCAACUCCCAUCUCCGUGCAGUUGCGGAAGCCCAGAGCGCGCAAGGAAGACAUGUUUACAUCUCAGAUGUCCACUCUUCCGACUUCUCCUUGGCUGAUAUCCUGCCACUGCCAGAUGGAACACAUCCUACCGAUGCAGGAUACGCCAAGAUGGCUCGAGUCUAUGUCAGCACCAUUCUCGAAAUUGUGAAGACUAAUUUCGCACCACCUCCUACCCCGUCGAUCUCCUCUGCCGCUCCACAAGUGCAGUCUACAUCGAGCAUGGUAGCUCCAGAAAUAAUUAGCACCCCACCAAGUCCUGUUUCCGAAACCACUGCAAAAGUGACCUCAAGCUCUCAGAUCCAGAGACAGCUAGCCAGCAAAAGUACCUCGACGACAUUGGCAGCCACGGAAAUCGCCAAAGAGCUACCCUCGAGCACGUCGUCAUUUGAGAAGCUAGCAGCUAGCACAACUGGGGCAGCUUCAACACCAAGCGCUUCAACUCCAGCCAAAAGCAAUUCAGGAGCACGUCUUAGCCAAUCCGGCUCUCUCCUUACCACGGUCGGCAUGCUGGCAUGGACUGUCUUUUUGUUUACAAUUUGA